UUAAAGAGGCCCACCGGUGAAGCAAACCCUAUUCCACCGUUCUCUCUCCUCCGUUCCCUUUCGAACAGACCCUGUUCCCCAUUCUCGUUUCGGCGGCGGCGCGCAGUCGGAAUGGAAGCCGCCACGCGACCAUCGGUGGCGUCCCGACUCGUUCGGACGAAGCGGCCAAGGAGGGCAGCUCAGAUCGACAUCUCGGCUGUCGGAUUAGAAGCCGCCGCGCGACCAUCGGCGGCGUCCCGAGUCGUUCGGACGAAGCGGCCAGGAAUAGCAGCUCAGAUCGACAUCUCGGCUGUCGGAUUGGAAGCCGCUGCGGGUGCAGGAUCCCAUAUUCGCUGGGCGAAGCAUCCAAGGAGGAGGAGGACCGCUCAUAUCCCCUCUCGCCGGGCCAAGAAGACGACUUGGGGUCCUCUGCGGCCGAGCUCCAUCAACCACCACCGUCCCAAUUUGGGCUUGAAGCAGCAGGCACGUCUCUGCGCGGUCUCCCGCGAUCAAGUCCCCUCUCCUGAUUAUAAUAACGACAACUGGAGGGACUGGGCUAAUCUUGAUGAUGGCCCUUCAGCGCUCAUCGCCGAGCGCGUGCUUGCAUAUGACGUCGCUGACUAUGUGCGCUUCCGCGCUGUGUGCCGCCCGUGGCGGCAGUGUUCCCCCGAACCGCGCACGCACAGUGGCCUGGACCGCCAGUUCCAUCCCUGGAGGUGGACCAUGCUUCGGGAGGAGCUCGCAGCGCCGGAGCGCCGCAGCUUCCUCAACACAUCUACCGGUGAGUGCGUCCAGAUAUAUAUCCCGGAGCUCCAUGACCAUGAGCUGCUCGCCCUCACCCCUGAGGGCCUCCUUGUCCUCCUCCAUGACCGCAAACACAUCCGCCUGCUAAACCCACUCACCCGCCACCUCACUGAGCUCCCACCAAUCACCACGCUAGUGCCCCCACAGGACCACCGCUGCCUUUUGGAGCAAAAUCCCCAUUUCAACGACUACUUCGCAGCGUGGGGCUCUGGCGUUGCUUAUUAUGAUUCUGCAUUCGUGCUGUGCUUCGGUAGGCUAUGCAUGCUUGGCAUAGCCAAGCCCGGUGACGACAACUGGACCUUGCUACAAUACGAGUGUAAUGGCAUCACAUCUGCACCCCUAAUGUUUGCUGGCCGCUUCUAUUGUGUUACCCGCAAUGGUGUCAUGGUGCUGGAACCCGAUCCAGAUAUGCCACGCCUGAAGGUGGCUGCCAAGCUGAAGAAUAUGCAUGUCUCGCCAAUUGCUGACAGUGUGCAUAUCGUCAACAAUUGUGGGGAGCUGAUGCUGGUGCACCGUCGCAGAGGACCAUUGACACCGGGGAAUGAAUCGGGUCGACGGUACGACACGUAUCGAGUGGAUUUGGACACCGGGACACUACUCCCGGUCAAGAGCUUGGGCAGUGAAGGUCGUGCGAUUUUCAUGGGCAUGUAUUGCUCCCUCUCUUUGUCGCCAGAGGUUUUCCCCUCUGGCUCCAUUAGUGCUGACAGCAUCUACUUGAGCUUUGACUUCUCCGAGAGAGAUAUGUUACAAGUUGGAGCAUAUCAUCUCGGAGAUGGAAGCAUCGAACUCCCCGGUAGCUCGGUGCCACGGCCGCAUACCCUGGUUGACUGUCUAUCUUUGUCCAAUACUGUUGUUGACGAUUCAUAGUUUAGCAUGCAUGCUUGUGCAGUGUGCACUUGGUUAGCUACUAUCUGGGUGUAUGCAUCUAGCUAGAGUUAUGUAUGGCUGACUUGUGCUGCUUAAUAUGCAUAUUGAAUCCACCAGCCAUGCAUACAUCGUUGUAAUCGUCUAUUUAGCUAAGUCUAGUGCAAUAAGGGGUUUGGCCAUGAAAGGCUAGCUACAAUUGUUUAUGCACAUUGUCUUUGUACGGGUUUUGUGAGGAGGUGAUCGGGCGGUGUUAACACAUUGUUCCAUAUUGUGCUAAAAAAUGGAGAAAAUAUCGAUCAAUGCUGGCGCCGUUAUUUUUAUUUA